CUUAUUAAAUAGAUACUAAUGUAAUUUGACAGUUUUGAGCACCAUGGAGUCUGAUGAUCCUACCUUCCAAGAAGUUUAUGAUCUUGGAAAUGUAAUUGGCAGUGGCACUUUCUGUGAAGUUCGCCAAUGCGUUCACAUAGAUUCAGGACAGCUGUUUGCUGUCAAAAUUGUAGAUUACGAAAAAUUAUCAGCUGUGUCAUCUUUCAGUUACGAAGAAUUGAGGCGAAUAUCAAGCCUCUCACAUAUGUUGAAACACCCGCAUAUUGUGGAGCUUCUUGAAACCUACAGUUCAGGAGGAAUUUUCUACAUGGUUUACGAACAUAUGGGAGGUUCUGAUUUAUGCCAGGAAAUUGUCACAAGAGCCGAUGCAGGAUUCGUCUACAGUGAAACAGUUAUCAGUCACUACAUGAAACAAAUUCUAGAAGCCAUCCAAUAUUGCCACGAUUCAAACAUCAUUCACAGAGACCUCAAACCUCAGUGCAUCUUGCUGGCUUCUAAAGAAAACUCAGCUCCCGUUAAAAUAUGUGGCUUCCACGUGGCAACCAUGUUGCCGGACUCAGGAUUGAUCAAAACAGAACACGUCGGCACGCCGUCUUGUAUGUCACCAGAGAUCACGAAUGGAGAAGUUUAUGGCAAGCCAUCUGAUCUAUGGGGAUGUGGCAUAGUGCUGUUCAGCCUGAUAGCGGGCUCUCUGCCUUUCAAUGGGCCCAAACACAGGGUAGUCGAGUCCAUAGUCACGGGCAAACUAAAUAUGAGGACACCAUCUUGGGAAGGCGUAUCUUCAGAAGCAGUAGAUUUAUGUACAAAAUUAUUACAAGUUGACCAGGCGGCAAGGCUCACAGUCGAAGAUGCGCUCCAGCAUCCCUGGAUUAAGGAACGAGAAAAAUGUGCUUCAAAAAAUCAUCUGGCAAGUUCAGUAGAAGAGUUGAGGAAAUUCAACUCGCGGUGCAAACUAAAGACCAAAAAGUCUACUUCUCAAGGUGCAAUACUGGCCGAGAUGCAUAUAGUGACGCCAGAGGGUGUGCCGAUCCACUUGACCAAUGGGGCGGCAGGAGGAGCAGGAGCACCAAAUGGGGUAGUCUCAACAGGCACUGCGGCUGUGGGAGGAGGAGGGACCAUCAUGCCCAAUGGAGCCCCGCACCUGGACGGGUAUCCGAACAACGACACGGACCCCCUCGGAAUAUCCGCUCUCAAUUUCUCUACUUCUGGUGCGUUGAGCUGUAUCGUGGAUGCUUUGGAGAACCCCGGUUACUACGAAGUACUAGGCAGUGAAAAGAAGGCCAAGAUGCUCUCAGAUCUCUGCACAGACUUUUCGCUACACUCACUACUAGACCUUUACGACUCAGUGUGCAAUAAGAAGCCAAUCCUGUCAAGUGUGAAGAGUGAUGCUGAAGACUGUCUGGACAACGGUGGAGUCGAACCAGUACUGUUGGUAUCCCUGUGUGAAGAAGUACUGCACGAUUUGUCUGCCUCAUCUGCCCAGCAGAAUAAUUUCACUCAACAUAACGGCCCAGCGUCUGCAUCGUCACUACAAGAACUGCUAUCAUCCCCAUAUCUAAGUUCCCUUCUGAAGACGUACGACGUUGUCAUCUCAGAGUUAAACAGACCCCGCGCAGAUGCGACAGACGGGAGUGAGACAUCACUCUCCGCGUUAAAUGGGUCCACCUCACAGCAAGGCCUCCCUCAUCAUCCACAGCAGCUAAGCAGCAGUAAUACUCCUAUCAUCAUGGACCGCAACCACCAAGCCCCGCCAGUUAUGGACCAAAACGGAAGUGCAGUAAUUCCCUACCCACCUGCUAACCCAGGACCACACACAGUACGACUCGUGCAGUUCCACCGAGGCACAGACGAGCCAAUGGGCAUCACUCUCAAAAUGACAGAUGCUGGCGAGUGUCUUGUGGCCAGAAUAAUGCACGGGGGAAUGGUGCACAGACAGGCGGCACUGCAAGUGGGAGACCAGAUCAAAGAGAUCAAUGGAACUUCAGUGGCCAAUCAUAGCGUAGAUACUUUGCAAGAGAUGCUGAAUCACCUGAGAGGCAGGAUCACGUUCAAGAUAGUGCCCAGUCAAAUUGCGGUGCCACCACCUUGUGAGUUAUUCGUGCGAGCACUAUUUGAUUACGACCCUGCAAAAGAUGACUCCAUCCCAUGUCCAGAAGCGGGUGUCCAGUUCUUCUGUGGCGAGAUCCUCCAGAUCAUCUCGAAGGACGACCAGGCGUGGUGGCAGGCGAGGAAGUACACAGAUCCCCCUCAUGUCCCAGCCGGACUGAUUCCUUCAAGUGAAUUGCAGGAGUGGAGGGCUACUUUGAGUGAGAAGGAGAGGUACAGGAAAGAGAAUAAUCCUGCCUGUGGAUGGUUCGGAAAGAAAAAGACCAAAGUUAAGAACUUGAGGGGUCCCGGCGCGCUGCCGCGUCUUCCAGGCUCUAUUGAAAUUGUGACGUACGAAGAGGUUGUAAAACUGCCAGCUUUCAUGCGCAAGACUCUGGUUCUGCUGGGUGCGCAUGGUGUCGGCAGGAGACACAUCAAGAACUCUCUCAUAGCCGCUCAUCCAGACAGAUUCGCAUACCCCAUACCUCACACUUCUCGGAAGCCGAUGUUAGACGAAGUGGACGGAAAGAACUACUACUUUGUGACGCAUGACGAAAUGAUGGCGGACAUAGCUGCCAAUCAGUACCUGGAGUACGGAACCCACGAGGACGCCAUGUAUGGUACCAAACUGGAGACGAUCCGACGGAUUCACGCGAGAGGACUCAUUGCUAUUUUGGAUGUGGAACCACAAGCGCUGAAGAUACUAAGAUGUGCAGAGUUUGCGCCUUUUGUGGUUUUCAUUGCGGCUCCCCAGAUUACAACUGAAAAUGCGUUCUCAAAUCAAGGAAGUUUGGAAAGACUGAUGAAAGAGUCUGAUGUUCUCUACCGCUCUUACAGACACCUUUUUGAUCUCAUCAAGGUCAAUGACGACAUCGAUGAUACAAUUAGGACCCUGGAAAAGGCCAUCGAUGAUGUAUGCACAUCCCCGCAAUGGGUUCCCGCCAACUGGGUGUACUAACCAGAGCAGUCAUUGCAAACUAGCUAACGAUUAUCGAUCAUUGGUAAAUAGAUUGUUCUACAAUGACUCGACGAAAGUGACUAAAGGUUAUUUGACACUGCGAGUCUGCGAAUGCUUCUGAAAAGAUGCACAUUAAUUUAUGUCUGGAAAAACUUUUUGAUUACCCAGGAUGGAAUUAAAUUGGCCAUUAAACUUAUUUCCAACUGCAGCAACUCUAUUUUUGUAUUGACGUCAAGUUUUGUGACAACAUGUUAAAACAAGUUAGCUAUAUUAGUGUGCAUUUGUAUGUCUUCUAUACUGUGAAAACAACUAUAGUUGUGAGUCAGUUUCUGUCUGUCUCGCUGUAAAGAUUUGCAGUUGUUUCAGUUCUAUCAUUUCCUCAUUAACUGAUUGAUUUAUUAGAUAUUUCAAAUUUAUGAUAAAUAGUGAUACUUAACAUCAUCUCCAGACUCAUCGUCUUUCACCGAAUUUUUCAUUGUUGAACUGUUUUGAUGCGGUUCAAGGACGUCCUGAUCCACAUGAUUUUAGGUGAAUUGUUUCUAUAGAUACUGUUGUUACUGGUAUCGGUUUUUUGUCGUGAAAUAAAUUAAAUUGAUUUUCGCCUUUCUCUUUUCUUGGAAUUUGCGUUGUGAACUUGGUACAAAUAUGAUAGUUGGGUCUCUAAAGUUUAGAUGAGUCCUUAAAAGA